AAACUGGCCCGUCCCUUCCUUGAAGACUGAAACCCUAGCCCCCGCCUAAACAAAAUAACUGAAAGCAUCCAAUCUUGCUUCCAGUUCUCGAUUGCCAUGGCUUGCAAUUCCGGCAACUGUCAAUCCAAUUGUCACCAGAACGAGCAAGUAGCAGAGAAUGACUCGAUUCCGACUCCCACCACUGGCAGCAACGAUGGCGGCCACCAACAGCAGCAGGGCGUGUGCUUGAAGUGCAAGGUCAGCCCACCAAUUUCAAGCGGCAGCGGCGGUGGCGGUACCGGCGACGAGGCGCGGUUCUGUGCUGACUGUUUCAGGGCUAAUCUGUUCGGCAAGUUCCGGCUUGCGGUUACUUCCCACGCCAUGAUCACUCCUUCAGAUAACGUGCUCGUUGCUUUCUCCGGCGGCGUUGCUUCCAGGGUAGCUUUGCAGUUUGUGCAUGAAAUGCAGCAGAGAGCUCAGAAAAACUAUGAAGCAAGUAAAGACAGGUCGUUGCCAGUCUUUGGCGUCGGAGUGGCAUUUGUUGACGAAAGUUCUGUUUGUUCAAUUUCUAAGGAUGGAGUUGAAGAAGCAAUUCAGGAGAUGAAAUCUACAGUGUCAAAAUUAGCCCCACCAGUAAAGCAGUUUCAUGUUGUUUCAUCAGCGAGCCUGUAUUCUUCAGGUUCGAGUGAUGAGAAAGACAGAUUGAAGAAGUUAAUAGGUGCUGUUGAUGAUGUCACUGGAAAAGAUGACCUUCUUAUGCAUUUGAGGAUGUGGGCAUUGCAGAAAGUUGCUUCUGAAAACGGAUACACAAAGCUUGUCCUGGGUCUGUGUACAUCAAGGAUUGCUUGCCAUGUUAUUGCUGCAACCGUGAAGGGUCAGGGAUAUUCUCUGUCAGCAGACAUACAAUACGUUGAUGCAAGAUGGGAAGUUCCCGUAGUUCUUCCACUUCGCGACUGUACCACACAGGAGCUCAGCAUUCUGUGCCGUAUUGAUGGGUUUGUGAUCAGACCUUUUCCCUUCUCAUCACAUUUACCAUGUCAACCAAUGGGGAAGAAAGAUAAAAGAGAGACUUUAUCCCACCUUAAAGUACUCAUGAUGAGUUUUUUACUUGUCUUGGCAGGACAGUCUAAAGCCUUCACAGUUGGUUAAUGAUCUUCCCUCGGGCAUCAAUGGUUUGAUUUCUUCAUUUGUACGCCUGCUGCAGGAAGAAAAUCCUUCUCGAGAGAGCACCAUUGUCCGGACAGCCGGAAAGCUUACUCCAUUUCAUUUCAAUAGAGUGCCUGAGAUCAAUGAUUCUAAUGUUCCUUUGGCAACCAUAAGGAGGCAGAAGAGAUACAAUCUCAAGCCACAGGAAUCCAUUUCCUCAGAAUCUUUCUGUCCUAUAUGCAAUAGUCCAGUUAUUGAUUCCAAUUCACCAAGUUGGGGCAGCCCGAAGACUUGCCAGUUCACAGAAUUUGCUUCAAGCUGCUGUUCGAGCUGUCAAUUUCAGAUACUGCCUCAGGAUCAGUUGUCAAUGAAAGAAUUCUGUUCACUUUUACCAGAAAGACUAGUUGCCCGUUCCAAGCCUAAAUACAAUGGUAACCUCGAUAUGCUAAGGGAGCAAAUUCAGGACUGUUUGUUAUCUGACAGUGAUGGCGAGACAUAAAACUCGAGUAACAGAAAGAUACUGUCUGGUAUUCUCUCCACUGCGAUGGAUCGUUUUCUGGCUCUCCCAAUAGGUUGUUUUUUUGUGCCAGAGAUGAUCUUACAUGGUGCUAUUCCCAGUUAUGAUCAUAUUAUAUUGAUCCAGUUUGGUAUGAGCCAGUAAAGUUGUAUGCAAUGUCUGUGAAUGAUUAGAGAUUAAAUCGACAAGAUUUCGUAUAAUCAAUUGAUACUAUAUACCGAUCUCGGUAUAACUAGUUGUCUGGUAUGACUGGUAUGAUCGUUGUAUAUGAAAUACCGAAGUGGUACUGGGACAUGGCCACAUGGGCCUGGACCUAACUCAGUCUAACAUAAUAAAACGGUGCCGUUUAUGUCAGCCUCUCGCUCAGUCGCUCCGUUAUCCAGUUUUUGCAAAGGCGAAAACGCACUCAGAUAUUCGGGGAAAGAGGCUCACAGAAGCAAAGCGAGCAGAAUUUCAAUUUCCCCGAGAAGGAAAGAACAGAGCUAACGCCGGCGACGGAGCUCCAAUCACCUACGUUGUUGCAAUGCUCCACUUACAUCUCCACCAUCUCCAUAUCCGUCCGCAGGUUCCUAGCCUCCUCUGCUCUCCGAGCUCCUUCGCCGGCUCGCUACCAAUUCGAAAUGUAAACCCGGCGCUUCGACGGACGAAGCCGUUGGUCGGAGCUGGAACCGUGAGGUGCAUGGCGAAUCCAAGGAGAGUGAGGAUGGUGGCGAAGCAGAUUCAGAGAGAGCUUUCUGACAUGCUUUUGACGGAUAAGGUGUUGCAGUACGCGAUUCUCCCUGAAGCUGCUUUGGGAGCGGAUAGGUACCUUUCGUCGCUUACCACCAUCAGCGACGUCCAGGUCUCCGGCGACUUGCAGGUAGUAAAAGUAUUUGUUUCUGUCUUUGGAGACGAUAGAGGGAAAGAGGUUGCGCUUGCUGGGUUGAAAUCAAAGGUCAAAUAUGUAAGGGGUGAGUUGGGUAGACGAAUGAAGUUGCGUCUGACUCCAGAGAUUCGAUUUAUAGAAGAUGAAGCUAUGGAGAAGGGAAGCAGGGUGAUUGCUAUACUGGACAAGAUAAAGGCCGAUAAAGGUCCUGUUCGAAAUUUGGACGGAGAUGGUCCUGACUCGUCUGGGGCUGAUGAUGAUGGAGAUUGGGAGGGUGAUGAUCCUGAAGAAGGAAUUAUUUAUGUAGACUAAAUGUUUGGGCCAGGAUAUCACCUGCCAGUGGUCUCUCCCUUAGAGCAACAGUCCUCCUUGGUUUAAGGUGAGUUCUUCCUUGUGAAUCAAACCUGCUUUCAGUGUUUAUCUCUAGCAGUGAUUGUAAUGCCAUGUGACAUUUUGUCUAUGCUGUACCACUGAUCGUUAAGUCUCUUGUUGUUGCACACUUCACUCUAAUCUACUAAUGAUGAUGCUUGCGUCAAUAGACAAAGGACAUUACUCACUUUGGUUCUGAGUUGUGAAUUCUGUAUUUGAUUGAAUCACGAGUGGCCGUGCAAGUCCGAUUAAUUUGACAUUCAUGUCAAUUCAGAACUGGAAGAUGACUAAAAGAGCUUCAUUUGGCAUGGAUUGGCAUAUUACUAGAAGUGGGGAGAAGAAGACCUUCUCAUUUUGGCAAUCCUUGAAGAAAUCCAGAGCUCCUGUUGUCUGAUUUUGACUCCUCUCAACACCUUCCAAACACACCUUACCUUUUUCUUCCUCCAUAUGUAUACCUGUAACUUUUUUUUAUGUCUUCUGCUGCUUUCUACCUUCGAAAAUGCACGGUUUCUUCCCUCGGUCUGUAUUCAUAUAAGGUGGUUUGAGAAUUGGAAGCCGAUCGUUUUCCAUCUCGUCUAGGGUUGUUUUAGAGCCACCAUAUGUUCAGUGACUCAUGCCAUGCAGGGGAUGUUCGCCAAAGUCGAAUAGAGCUACUCAAGUUCUGGGUUCUGGUAUAUUGCAAGGUUCCCUUCCAACUCAAUAGGUAGAGUAUGAUUCUGCAUUGAUGUAGUUUUAGUGUUUUACCUUUUUUGAGCAACUGCUCUAAUGUAAUAGACCAUUUUGUUUUCGUUUAUUUAAUAUAAAUGUUCCUACGAACGGAAGGUUUAUUUAUGAGAAAGUGUUGAUAGCCG